CUACGUUCUGUGGUCAGUCGGAUUACAAACGGCGUUGAGGACGCUAGCUCGUUACUUAAACGCGGGAACUACGAAAAAGUGGUGUAUCAACUUUUUAUUGUGCCUUACUGUGAGUGUAAACGUGAUUUUGUGUUAACCCGGAUAUUAAGGAUACAGAUAGUAUGGAUGUUGGCGAGUGAUUAAAAUUGAACGAUGGCAGCAAAGGGCAAUGGUCUCCGAACUUGAAAAUGUCUCACUAAACGACUAACCACGAUGUUCUGAUCAUGGAAUCACCAGUUAGAAUAUGUUUAGGUGUAGCGUUAGUAGUAAAUUUGCUACUUUUAAGCAGCACACAAGUAAAUAGUCAUACACUACCACACGAAACGACACCCACCAUUAUAGAGGAAAAAAACUCGAGAAAUUCACGUGUAAAUGUAACGUGGGUUUCGCGAGGCAAACCAAAAUUACCCGAUGUAGCCUCAAAUGAGCUUCAGCAAAAGGAUGUCUCAGAUGAGAAUUCCGAUAAAAAUUCUAAAUUUAAAGCUAGAGGAAGGGUAAGGUUUAAUCCACUAUCUAAAUCGACUACCGAAAGUUCCUUAAGACGCAUCAGAUCCUCUACUGAAGCGUCAAAUGUAAUUAUAGUCACUCCGACUCCAGAAGUAAAAAAGCCUAUGGAAAUUAUAGAUAGUAUGCAUAAUUAUAAAAAAACAAAGCUACCAAUUUCAAGCACAUUUAAAACUGUAUUUAAAACAAAAGAUGAAGACGACGAAGAAAGUGACUCGUAUGAAAGGUAUACUUCUAGUAAAUUCAAUGACAAUAAUUAUUUCACCUUUAAUGAAAACAAUUUUAGUGAUAAAGAAAAAGGUGGUUCCGAUAAGCAAAAUACUGGAGGCUAUAACACCCCAUCUUUUCAUGACUUUCCAAGUUAUUUUACGAAACAAACGUUUCAAACAGACAGUGAACCCUAUAAAUUUGAUAAGUUUUUUGAUUUUGAUAGUGAACUGACUACUCCUAAAAAUUAUUUCUUUGAUAAAAAGUAUCAUGAAGUUUCAUCAAGUAUACAAAAAAACUUAGAAUCGAAAAAGCCGAAAGCUACACCUUUAUCUCAUACCACCAGUGUUCAAAAAGUCGUUGAGAAGCUGAGUAAUGGCACGCCACAUAACCAAUCAAGAAUUAUUAUGAAAAAUUCCAAGGAGGUUCGCGUAAUGGAUAAUGAUGAGGCAGGAACGAAUACUAAGGCACUCUCUGAUGUACAGGGAACCAGCAUUUACUACGAAAUGUCAGUAUUGUCCACCGAAACGUAUAAUAUCAGCCUAACAAACGACGAGGAUGAUUGUGACAAUGAUGAAUCACCUUCGGAAACCACAAAAAGUACUCCUCAGAAAGAAGAGCUCGCUGCGAUAGAUCCUACGCAAAUUCCAUUUGUUGAAAUCUCUACACCAUCUAUACGUCAACAAGACAAUGAAAUUGGUUCUACAGUAGCAUCUUAUUUCUUGCCUGGUGGUGUGACUCCAUCUGUAUUAAAUACAGCUACUCCCUUUGCGAUUUCAUUCCAAAAUACACUAUUUCCCAGCGAAAGGCUCAUAGAACAUGUUUUAUCGUCAAGUGAAAAGCCUAAAGGAUCUUUAGUUACUAACAGAAACCGUAACUACUCCAAGCGCCUUAAUCUUAACGGAAAAAAGGAAAGUGCAAAUAAUGUUGACACACAAAAUGAGCAAGUAUCACCGAAUCUUGUUUAUAGACAGAAUACACGUAGGUUCCAUUACACAACGCCUAAAAUUAAACCAGUCUGGAUAGCACCAAGGCGGAAUAUUACAAGAAUGCACCAGACGAAAACACCAGCAACAAUAUAUUCCGAGCAUUUUGAUAUAAAAAAUAAAUAUUCCACUGAGGGACCGGCCCAAUUAUCAAAGAUACUAACGACGUUGUCCUCCGAUAUUGAUCCGGUAUUACAAAGUGAUUUUGAGUCUAACAGUGGCAAGAGGGUUGUGCACUCGCAUUCUUUUGUAGAUAAUACGAUUCCUUCGCUAUGGAAAAGGGGAUCAACAAAGUUUUCAGGUUCUAGUUCUUCAACAUCCUCUACUACAAUAACAACUACUACAACAACGGACGAGCCGCCAACCACUGAAGCAAGAGACGGAGUUAGUGAAUUAGAAAUACCACCCACACUUACUGCGUGGGCUUUAGCAGGUAUGCGAAGUCCACCCUCACUCAUAAGAAAUGUAAACAGAACAAGUUCAACUAAAACCAUCGAUGAAAACGAGUUACAAAAAGUGGGGGAAAUUAUAGAAAAGAGAGAAACUACAACGAGUUCAACAACAAGUACAACAAGUUUACCAUCUACUCAAAAUCAAGACUACAGCAUUACAAAGAACAUCACGGAAAUUGAUCAAAAUAGAUUACCUUGGAAACCUUUUAUAUCACAAACGUUGGCAUUUGUGCCAAAUGAAAAGACAACUGAACCAAUAUCAGAGCGGGUCCCAGCAGAAAGUAAUAUAUCUCUACAAAGUAGUGAAGAAUCAUCUAAAGCUGACUUUAAAAAAGAAAUCGCAGAGUCUCAAUCAGCUUGGGUAGCAACUGCGGUUAAUCUUGGGGAUUCGUCUACAAAUGACUCCGAGGAGACUUUGUUAGAUACAAUUCUACCAGCUGAACCGACAAGAUCCACAGGAUUUGAGUCGAUUACUAAAUUACCUUCAGAUAUGACUACUCCUUCUGAUGACACACUUCAUGACACCAUUGCUAAUUCCGAUGAAAAUAAUGAAGUAAUAACGGCUUCUACGAAAAUACCAGACUUCGAAAUAACUACUAUAAGGUUUUCUUACAUUCCAACAGAUAAGGAAUUUGAGAAUACCGAGGUUGAUGAAUCUACUGCUGAUUGGUAUUAUGCUGGAUCCUUACAUACUAAGCCUACAACUAUAGACAAUAUUCCAAUCACUACAUACAGACCUAAGUAUUACACCACAUCAAAUGAUAUUGAUGAAACUACGUCCGUACCAGAUACUACUCCUCAAAUGGAAGUAUUCUCACAAACUAAUGGAGAAACUACAAAAGAAACCACUUCAAAAGAAACUAUAUCUACAGAAAGUAUGGAAACGACCACUUCUGAGUCAUCAACUUCAGUAUCGUACAAUUCAACAAAAGAAACUAUACAAACAAGUACAUCAGAACCAACAACGGAGUUUGAAACAACGAGUAUUGUAAUAACAGUUUCUACAGAAAUUAAUACCAAGAGGGCUCCAUCUAUGUCAGAAACUCCAACUACCAUAGUAUCCUCAACUGAAUUACAAAGUACCUCUGAAAAUAACGACAACAGUGAAGUUUUUACACUAGGAACUACACCAUCUCAAACACAAGCGACAACAACCACGAGAGAGACAACUGCUGAAACUACAACAAGCAGGAGCGAAACGAUAACAGAAGAGCUUAAAACUGUAACAGAAAAAGUUGAAAUGGUGGAAACUAUAACAGGAAAGGUUGAAGCCACAACAGAAUAUUUAAAAACAGACCAACCUGAAGUUAAAGUUGAUACAACAACAGAGUAUAGAGAUGAAUCUACCAUGGAAACAACGUUUACAUCAAAAAUAGUUAACGAAUUAGAAGAUUUGACAAGCUAUGGUGGAGAGAUGACAACUGAAGCAUCUUCCAGGGUACUUGAUGAAGCAGGUUCAGGCGCAGCCAUUGCGAUUGCCGUUAGCACGAUCGGUGUUAUAGCCUUGGUUCUCCUUAUCGGUUUAUUGUUAGUGGUACGAAGGCGUGGACGACGUGGCGUGUAUGCCCAAAGGUGCACACCCGUCUCCCUGGAUGCUUACAGUCUGGACAGCGUUAGUGUGGGCCAUAGGAAGGGAAACCAGCGGCUCAGAGCCAGUAAGCGGAGUUACGGCAACCCGGCCUAUGAUGACGAGGUGACUUCCCAUCCUAUGAACUAUGCGGCUCUUGCCAACUUCGCUCUGGACAUCGACUCCAUAACAGCCGAGUUUUCUGAGAUCCCAACAGUCACUGUACGCCCGGAGGAGGUGCCUCCAGGUUGUGAGGAUAAGAACCGCUACUCCAACGUCCUGCCUUUACCGGAGACGAGGGUACCCUUGAAGAGGAUUGGCAACGACUCCACUACGGAGUAUAUUAAUGCCAACUAUGUUACGGGACCAGGAAAUAUUAACAACUACUACAUCGCCUGUCAGGCCCCACUUUCCAACACUGUCGUGGACUUUUGGCGAAUGAUAUGGGAACAGAACUCGCGACUUAUAGUCAUGCUUACUGAAUAUAUGGAAAACGGUGUUGAAAAAUGCUUCGAAUAUCUACCACCAUCCGAAAUAUCGGAUAACCGGCGUACAUUUGGCGAAUACCAAAUAAUCCUUAAGAAACGGGAACAACGCGACAAAUACGCCAUCUCCGCCAUCCAGCUGAUCAACCUAUCCACCAGGACCUGGAGAGAGGUCACUCACCUCUGGUACUUCUGGCCGGCCAAGGGUGUGCCUGACGAUUACGAUUCGGUGAUAGACUUCCUUUCGGAAAUGAGGAGUUACAUGAAGAUCUCGCAAGGCGCUAAGGAGUACGACGAAGAAGGACUAGAAGUAAUUUAUGAGGACCAAAACCGUUCGUCAUACAACAACCUCUCGAAGUUGAGGAGUGACGAUAAUAGUUCAGGGAACGGUGUCAAUGUUUACUCACCGGCGAAGGCCGAGGAGUUAUUGAGACGGGGGUAUGGGAACAAUGGGACAUUGGGCAAGAUGAAGACUGUUUCGGAAAACGAAGGAUUACGACCAUGCACUGUUGUUUGCGCAUCGGGGGCCGGUAGGUCCGCAGCCCUUAUAGCGGCGGACAUUUGUGCGCGCGCGCUCGCUUCGGGAAGCGCGGACUUGCCGCGGACCGUACGCGCCUUACGCACGCAACGACCGCACUCUUUGACCAACAGACACCAUUACAUCUUUUUGUAUAAGUUACUCAGUGAAUAUGGGAACCGGUUGAUGGGGGGCGGCAUCGACACAAUAUAGCUAGACUGAACACAAAAUUAUAUAUAAUUAAGAUUUAAGUAACGCACAAUUGGACCAAAGUUAAUCGUAGAUCUCUUGUAAAAUUAUUUUAAAUAAGGUGCCGGUUCAACUCUACACUCGAAAGACGAAUUUAGGAUAAAAACACGGAAUAUACGCGGUUUAUUUCUUGAGCACAAAGUCGAAGUACAUUUGUUGCAAACGCCUUUAAAAAUCUCAUUUGCUCUCUGCUUUUUUACAUUUUAUAUCAAAAUUCCGAAAUUACUUUGAAACAAUCUAAACAAAUCAACGUCGGAAACUGUCAUGCAACUAACAAAUGUUAUGGAUUGUUUAAAAAUAUUUGUUUUAAAUUUGCAAAUUCCAAAUUCUCAGAAUUAUUCUUGAAAUGUGUCAAACUCACACUUUUUGAUACACGUCAGAGACACUAAACGCUUUCAAGGGUCAAAGCCGUCGAUAUCGUAUAGUCUAUAAUUAUAGAAUUUAAUGCCCAUUAGUAAACGAAGGAUUCAAAGUAUCAAACGCAUGGCUUCCCAUUGUAUCUGUGGCGAAGGUAUCUUUACUAAAUGGUUGUUAAAACUUAACUAACGACUGUGUAGCUGCCUUAUUUUCCGUCUAUUAAAAAUGUGUCUGACUUAUAAGCGUAUUUGCUUUAUGUAAAUAUAUACCACUGGUAUUUGAGUUAAUUUCAUCGAUCAAGUUUAUUUUGUUAUUCCUAGUCUAAGUUAAUUUUGUUAGGUCUUUUUAGACUAUUGUUACCUAUAAUAAAUAUUUUAUCUUACUAUAUGUCACUUAGAAUAUAUUUUGAGCGUUCUU